AACUUGAAGGCAGCACAAGCUCAAGCUGGAGCGGAGUAAUACAGCUCCGACUGCGCAGCCGAGGAGAAACACCGUGUAGAAGUUGGCUCUAUAAUGACACUUUAGUUCACCGCAGUGUUGUGCGGGGGUGCGAUUACUUAUGUGUGAGCUCAGUGAUCACUUUCAAGCUAUUAUUGUCGUGUAAUUGCAUGAGUCGACACAGACUUCUGCUUUCGUUCGGAUGGAAGUGAGUAAGACGGAUCCGUUUUAAAGACAGUUCGAGUUAUCGGCUCAAUGCGGACGGAUUUCACCGUCUAACAGUUCAAUGUCCACCAUCAACUGUCCUGAGGAGCUGGACUUCAGGCUGCUGUUCGAGGAGCACGGGAAGCACUCAACAGCUUUAGACCUGGAUGUGAAGACGUCUCAUUCCAGCAGACAGACUCUCUCUGAGCAGCUCUUCACUCAGGAGCUGCAGAGCAACCCUCCUGCUGGCUUUGUUGACUUCCAGCACACUGAACACCUCUCUCAGGGACCUCAUAGCGGCCCCCAGGGGACGUUCAGAGCUUUUGACUGCCCCAGCAUCGAAAUCACCUCUAUUGCCCACAACAAUCAUGCCGAGCCUGGCGGUAACCUGGAGGUUUCAGCGGAGAUUGGAGCAGAGGGGGGCUACCCUGAGCUAUGGUGGUCCAGAGACCAGCUCUACUUGCCUCUGGACGCUUGCUAUCGGGAAGCAGCACUCAGCCCCAGUCCCUGCAGCAGCCUCUCCUCCAGGAGCUGGAUGUCUGACCUCUCUUCAUGCGAGUCUUUCUCCCGAGGUUGCGAUGAUGUAAAGGGAGAACUACAAGACUCCGCCCUUCUAGCUCUGGGGUCCCCAGGAUGUGGGGGCGGGGCCUUUGGAGUGGAGUUAUGGCAGCAGAAGUACCAGCAUCCAUCAGCUUUCAAUCCAGUGCCAUCCCCCUAUCAGUCACCUCGGCAGUCACCUUGUCACUCUCCGCGCACCAGUGUCACAGAGGAGACAUGGCUGAGCCGGCGGCCUGCCUCCAGGCCGUCAUCCAGACCAACAUCUCCUUGUGGGAAGAGACGCCACUCCAGUGCUGAGCCCCGUGGCCGCUCACCAUCUCCUCAUCACUCACCUAGCCCCACCCCAGGUACCUCUCCACGGGGAAGCGUGACUGAUGAAGUGUGGGUUGGAAGCCCCGCCACUGCCCUUGGAUCCCUCCUCAUUUCUGGAUGCCAGGAGCUGGAUGUUCCUUCUAAAACCAGGAGGACAUCUGGGAGCCACCUUGGCCUACUUAUGGGCCAAGGAGACCCUGGUCUGGAGACCUACCAGGAUUCUCCUGGAGAGGAGGGACAAGAAAAAGCUGACCUUGCAGAGCUCUUCCUUCAUGUGCCUUCCCACUACGACUGGAACAAACCCAAAUCUGGAAACGCACCGUUGUUUAGUGGUUUAUCGCCCCCCCCUCUGGACUGGCCUCUGCCCAGCCAGUAUGAUCACAUCAGCCUGAAGCUGGAGGUCCAGCCCCGGUCCUACCACAGAGCCCAUUAUGAGACCGAGGGCAGCAGAGGAUCCAUCAAGGCAGCUGCUGGAGGACAUCCUGUCGUCAAGUUGAAUGGAUACAGUGAGCAGCCUGUUCACCUGCUGGUGUUUAUUGGCACUGCAGACGACCGAUACCUCCGUCCUCACUCCUUCUACCAGGUCCACCGAGUGACGGGGAAAACCGUUACCACCGUCUGCCAGGAAAAAAUGAUGGACGGCUACAAAGUGCUCGAGAUCCCUCUACUUCCUGAGAGCAACAUGUCUGCCAGCAUCGACUGCGCCGGCAUCCUGAAGCUGAGAAACGCUGACAUCGAGCUAAAGAGAGGCGAGACGGACAUUGGGCGGAAGAACACCAGGGUCCGCGUUGUAUUUCGAGUCGCUGUGCCUCAGCAGGACGGCCAGAUGCUGUGGCUCCAGGCAGCAUCUAUUCCUGUGGAGUGCUCCCAGCGAUCAGGCCAGGAGCUUCCUCAGGUCGACAGCUUCUCUCCAACCAGCUGCUUCAUAGAUGGAGGAGAAGAGCUGCUCAUCACUGGAUCCAACAUGUCUGCUCAAUCUAGAGUCGUUUUCAUUGAGAAAGGCCCUGAUGGAAGAUCACUUUGGGAGGUGGAUGCCAGGGUUCUAUCAGAUAAGAGUAAUGAAUCCAGGAUCACGGUGGAGGUCCCCCCUUAUAUGAAGAGGAUAACGUCCCCUGUCCAGGUCCAGUUCUAUGUCUCAAAUGGGAAGAGAAAGAGGAGCCUGAUGCAGAGCUUCACUUACCUGCCUGGAAUCAGAAGUCCUCCUCACCCUCCUCCUGUGGUCAAACAGGAACCCUGGGAGUCUGAGCUCCUCUUCUGUCCAGAGCCCAGCCUGCUGCCAUCCCAUAAUGCCAUGCUCCGCCCAGAUGGAGCUUAUGACCCUCUGCAUGGUCUCCCUCCCCAGAACUCUUCUCAUCAACAGCAUCCUGCUGCAUUCGCUCUGUCCCUUCAAGCAUUGCCGCUGUUCCCUCAGGUGCCUUCAGCACAGUGUCAGACCAUGAGUUUAUUUUCAAACCAGGCUCCAAUGGCUGCUCAGUCAGCUCCAAAUCAUGCACAGGUGCCUUCUCCACCCAUCCCAAGCCCAAAUGUCCCCCAUCAUGCCUCUGCUGGUGGUCCUCCCAGGAAACUAUCUGGAAGCCCCAGGAAUACUCUGGAUCCCUCAGGAGAAGUGCUGCAUGUCAAGGAGGAGCCUAAGGAGCAGCCGGUUCUGGGGUCCUUGGGCUUCCAGGAGAUCACCCUGGAUGAUGUGAACGAGAUCAUCGACAGAGACAUCGGCACAAUGAGCAGCUGUCUGCAGCCUGACCAGUGUGACCAGAUCAACCAGUACAGCUGGGAGCACAAAGCCGCCCCUCAAUAGUUCUAGAAGCUGGUUCCUUCGUCUGAUUCUGCUGUUUGCACAAAGUGUCAAACUGAUCUCCAAGUGCCUGAAGACCCAUUAGCAGCCUGCAGCUCAUCUCCUCUGGGUUCUGUUCUUCAUUUUUCUCAGGAAGAAAGCAGCUCGUAGCUAAAAGACAUACCAAAGAUUAGAA